AUGAUAUUUUUCUUUUUAAUAGCACUUAUAAAAGGUCAAAUACUUAUACAGGACGGAGAAACUGUUGAUGGUAGUCAGAGUUCAAUUAUAUACAUAUCACAAUAAGCUUAUUUAAAAAUAUUUUAGUCAUGAUAAAAUGCAUUAUCAGUAUAAUGAGCAUAGGAGGUACUCAGAUUUACAAAUUUCACGUUUCUGGUGUGGCCGACACUGAUUUAGCCUUAACCCUUACAACGUUUUCUGACUGAGGUAGCCCAAGUCUAUUAGUAUCUCAAGGCCACCAUCCAAAUCUAGAUGAUUAUGAUUGGAAAAGUGCAACUUGGGGUAUUGGCUCUAUUGUAAUCCCCUCAUCUGAGCUAUCAGAAAACACAGAUUAUUAUAUUAAAGCCUCAUGCUUCACUUACUGCAGAUAUUCCCUUACAGUGUCUCAUGUAUCAGAAAUUGUGCUAACUCCAGGAGUCCCUUUAUCAGGGAUUUUAUCCAAAGGAAAACAGCAAAUUUAUGCUUUUUUGAUUAAUUAGACUUAUUCACAACUAAAAAUUAAUAGCUAUAUAAUAGAGAUUGUAAUCUUAAAACAUUAAUGUAUUCCGCAAUACAACUUUUUAACUCCGAUUGCUAUCCCUCCACAACUGUCUAUAGAAAUCUCUCUUAUCUCAGGAAAUAUCAAACUUUUCGUUUCUAAAAACGGUCAAGAGCCUUCCACAAGUAAUAAUUUGCCCACAAGUGCAUUAUGAUAUUUUGGAGAAACUUUUAUUGACCCCUCUCCUUCUCCAAGCACUCUUUAUAAAGCAGCAGUAAUUGCAUUAGAAGAUUCUCAGUUCUCAAUUAUUUUAAAUUUAAACCAAACGGAAACUAUCAGCUUAAAAGCAUCAGCGACCAGUUAUGGGAUUGUAAAUCAUAGUGAUUUUAAAUAUUAUUCAAUUUAUGUGGACGAUGAAAAUGAGGAUCUUUCUGUUGUGAUGACUCAAUUUUCAGGGGAAGCGGAAAUUUAUAUAAAAGCUGGGCAGAUUCCGAGCAAGAAAGACUAUGAUUAUUAUUCUGCUGGGGCAGGGAAUUAUAGUUUGGUAAUUACUGGUUCGCAAAGAAAAAGUAUAAAUAAAGCAGUUGGGUAUUACUAUAUUGGGAUAUAUGGAAUUUCUACUUCUGCGUAUGGAAUUGCAGCUUCAAUUAAUCAAGAUAGCGUGAUUUCUCUGUUUUCUGGAAUUCCAAUGACUUGCUAUGCUGAUCCUGACGCUAUUUCGCUCCAUCAUAUCGAUUUGGUUUCUAAUUUUAGCUAUAAUAUUUCUAUCUAUCUUACAGCAUUAUCUGGAAACCCUGACUUAUAUGCAAAAUUAUGCUUAUCCUCGAGCAUAAAACUCUGCCAAUUUUCUCAAGAAGAACUAAAUAGCCCAUCAAUUUUUUCCUCGAAAAAUCAAAUUGGGAAUGAUUAUAUUUUUAUAAAUCACCAGUCAAAGAGUCAAAGUUAAAUUUUAUGAGGACAUAAGCGGAUAAGCCAAUAGCCUGUCUUUAUGGUGUAACCUACCUAGCCUGAGUAUUAGCUCCCUAGGCUAGAGCCACCUCUUGAGGAUGCCUCGCUAGCCCCGAUAAGUAAAAACUAAGCUAGAGGCAAAGCGUGUUUAGCCCACCUAGCAAGGACAUGCAAAACCUUCAGGGGAGAAAAAAUUUCCCUCUUCAGUAAGCUUCCCCAAGCCUGAACGCUUACUUCAAAAGUGACAGGGGCACUAUUUCGGCUUCAUCAGGACAGCCCUACAUACUCUACAGAUGGUGUGUCUUGGAGUCCAUCUUCCGUUGACAUCACAGUUUUUAAUUAUUCACCAGUCAGGAUUUUGCAGUGCAAAUAACCCUUGCAGAUAUAUUAUAGGUGUAAAAGGAAAUUCGAGCUUAAAAAGUGACUAUACAAUUUUAGCUACCUUAGAUAGCACUAAAGAGCAGUUUUUGCAAGAAGGGAGACCAUUAUUUAUGAGCACCUUAGGAAAUGAAUACAAAUAUUUCAAAUAUAGCGUAUUUAAUGCGACUACUAUACAAGUUGAGUUCAUAUUAACCCCUAUUACAGGCGACCCUAAUCUUUUUUCCUCAAAAAUUUCUAAGCCAAGUAUCAACAAUUAUGAAAAAUAUUCAGGAAAUUAUGGAACGAUGAUAGAAUCAAUAAAAUAUGUGAAAGGGCUUACAGAAGAUUCACUAGUUGGGGAAUAUUCAUUUAAGCCUAAAUAGUCUCAAUUGUUUAUGAUAUUUUAUGUAUUAAUAUUCAUGCUAAUUUUAAUACCAUAUUUCAGUUUACUCCCCUCUUUCCUCAUUUUUUUCUAUUGUAGCCAAAGAAAGCACUCCUGAUGAAAAUACAAAAAUAUUGCUGUACCCAGGCCAUCCUCAACGAGAUACCCUUUAUAACACUACCGAUGUCAGAUACAGACUUUACUAUUUCCCAGUCCACUUUCCAAAGGACGACAAAAAAGCCAUUAAGAUAUCUUUAAUACCUAUUACAGGAAAAUUUACAAUAUACGUUGGAACCAGAUUAGAAAUAAACCUUGGCUCGCUUAUUUCCCCAGAUGGUGUAAUCUAUUACAAUGGAACUUUACCAUUCAGUACCAUAACUAUUUCUCCAUCAGACAUAUUAUAUAAGUGCGAUACUACAUAUGGUGUAUACGUACGUGGAGACGAAUUUUCCUAUGAUAAUUCUUCGGAUUAUUCUAUAGUUGUAUCAUUUGGAGAUGAUGGCAUAAUUCUUUCUGAUGACAUACCUUUUACUGAUGCAGUGACUCAGCAAGCAGAAAAUUUUUAUGUGUAUCAAAUUCAUGAGGAUCACCCAGAAAUCACUAUUUCGGUCACAGCACUUACUGGAGAUCCAGAUUUGAUGAUCUAUGCAAAAUCUAAUCAUGAAAAUAUUAUAGAAGCUUCAAGGUAUUUUGGAAGUGAUGCAAUUUCUUUUUAUUAUGAUAAUGUAAAGUGACUUUGUGGAGAUUAGAUUAGAUUAAGAUGUGCAUUUAUAGCCCCCUCUUCCUGAGGCCGUGCGCUCCACGGUUAACUUGAGCUCGCGUCGAAACCCUCAAUUUUCAUGGUCCGAGCUAUACAGAAUUUGCUAGGAACCUCCAAUUCCAGCCCAAGCAACAAGCUUACCCAACCCUUCCUAGCUUAGGCCAGAUAUAGAAAUUGCCUGAGGAUGGCGCAAAACAGUGCCAUCCUCGGGCAAUUUCUAUAACCCCUUUUACAAUGACCCUUUUAAACUGGAGAGAUUGGAACCUCAAGAUCCUUGUCUAUCCUGCUCAUCACCAAAGAAAAAAGCUCAACUGCUUACGCGAAACGGGGCAAGCCACGAAGCAACCUAGGCAGAUAAGUCACCCUGUGUUUUUGGCUCAAGCCCCUAUAAUUAAAAAAAAAAGUUCGGAUAUACAUAGAGACGCCCGCCUAGGGAGACGGCUCACCCAUCUACGGCCAUUUUAUGUAUAUGACUUUUUGGAGAAACCAGCGCAGUCUGCUUAAUUUAUAUUGGAGUUUCUGGAGCGUUAGAUAGCACUUAUACAAUCAGAGCUAGCUCAAAACAGAAUAUGCCUAAAUAUCUGGUAUCAAAUAUUCCAGAAAUUGGCUAUUUGAAUAGUUUUAAAUACAGCUGUUACUAUUAUUCAUUAUCAACGUCAAUGCCAUUAUUAAUAAGCACCCAGUCCUCAAAAGGAUCUAUCUCUUUUAAUAUAAAUUUAACAGAUGCCGACACUUUAGCUGUAUCUAACGUCUCAUUCUGGAUGACUUUUCCAUCUUUUCCUAAUCAAUAUUCAUCAUGAAGCAGCACUCCAUUCCUCAACGAGAUCAGAAUGAAUGAAGCUCAAUUACCUUCACAUUGUCCGAGUGGAAAUUGUAUAGCAUUGAUUGGUGUGCGGUGUUACGAUUUUGACUACAUGAUUUUUUUUUUCGAAUUUUCUUUUUCUGUAUUUUCUUCUGAUAUAGAAGUUUCCUAUGUAUGGCGCUGUAAGGCCGAUAAAUUCUGAUCGGAAUUUAUCGGUUGGUUGCACCAAAUCAAUGCCUUGGUCGGACCAAAAAGCGAUUUGGUCCGACGAACUUGGAAAGCUCCUGGGAAAAUGUCUGCGCUUUCAGCGCUAUAUAGAGGAAACCUCUAUAGUACCUUAGGCUUUACUAUUCUUAUUCUGCGAUAUAAAUAGCCAAAAUUUGGAUUCAGAUGAAUGAUAUGCGACUUCUUAUAAUAAUUGGAACUAAAAAAAGCUGCUCUAUAUGGUAGACUGAUUUUUCUAAAAAUAGAAAACCUCUAAUUGUUUUGCUUGCUCUGAAGGAGGGAAGUAAAGAAAAGGCAUUUUCCUAUAAAAAAUCGUACUACGAUUUAGAAUAUUGCCAAUAUACAAUAGAAGCCAAUCAAAAUUUGAUUUACACCCUUCUAGAAGGUGAGCCAAAAUAUAGCUUCAUUUAUAGUGAUCAAUUUGCUUAUUUUUCUUAUUAUUGUGAUAAAGAUGAUGCAAAUUUGAUUUUUACAUUAACUGAUCUUAGCAAUGAGGAUCUGGAUUUAUAUAUUAAUAAAGGGAAAGAAAAAAGGCCUAGCUUGGAAAACUCAAUAUGAAAUUCCAACGGAUGGGGAGGGGACACAGUGGUGAUUUCAGCUGACGAUAAAUAUUUUAAAGAGAAAAAUGUGACUAUGAAAGGGUAUUAUAUAGAAGUUUCCUAUGUUUGGCGCUGUAAGGCCGAUAAAUUCUGAUCGGAAUUUAUCGGUAGGGUUGCACCAAAUCAAUGCCUUGGUCGGACCAAAAAGCGAUUUGGUCCGACGAACUUGGAAAGCUCCUGGGAAAAUGUCUGCGCUUUUAGCGCUAUAUAGAGGAAACCUCUAUAGCUCGUUCCCGGCUAUAGAUCGGGCUUAGCCCGAUCUUUGCCGGGAAACUCGGGGGGUUGUCCACGUCACUUUGAGGUGACGAGUCAACUCCCCGAGUUGGCAAAUAGCCGCUAUAUGGUGAUUUGCCAACUCGGGGAGUUGACUCGUCACCUCAAAGUGACGUGGACAACCCCCCGAGUUUCCCGGCAAAGAUCGGGCUAAGCCCAGUCUAUAGCCGGGAACGGGCUAUAUACUGUCGGAGUUUAUGGGCUGUCAUUGUCUUCUUUUAGCUUAACAGCAAGUAGCAACUUUCAUGGAGUUACAAGAUUGGCUGAAGGGAAGCCAAAUUAUGGGUUUUUACUUCAAAAUAGUGCUAAUUAUACAGAUUUAUAUAAUUUAUAUGCGAUUUAAAUAAUAAUUAAGGGUUUACAUAGAGUUUUUAUUCAUACGAAGUACUAUAUUAUUAUUUCGAGAAUUUUUCCAAAAAUAAUAUAACAAUUCAAAUAACGCCUACCACAGGAAAUCCAAUUUUGUAUGUAAAUCCUGAGUCAAGAGAUGAUAGUUUAUAUAGUAAACUCCCUUCAAGUUCAAGUUAUGUAUGGUCAAGCAUAUCAAGUAAUAACAGAUACUCAAUAAAAAUAUCUGAAAAUGACCCUGGAUUAUGUAAGUUUUGCACAUUAGUCAUAAGUGUUGCAUCAAAUAAUUCCAAUUGUUCCUAUAGCAUUAUUGCCACUACAACCUCGUCAUUAAUUCUCCUCCAGAAUGGUGUACAAUUUAUGCUAUUCUAAAAUAAAGCUUAAUAUAACAAUUCUAAUUAAUGCUCAGUAUCAGUCUUAUGGUUAAAUCUUAUAAACUGAGCAUAAUUCAUGGAUAAGUUCGCUUGAAUAUCAGUUCUUAUAUUUUCAAGUGAUCAGUAAAGCUGAUAUUGAUAUUUCCUUUACUUUAUUUAGUGGAAAAGGGAAUCUUUAUAUAAAUACUGAUGAAAAUGUAGACAAAAACAGUUACUUGUGGACUUCUAAUGAAGAUUCGCAAAUAAAGCAUAUUCAUAUAAGAGAAAAUGACCCUAAUUUGAAAAUUGGGUUGUAUUAUAUAGCUAUUUAUGGAGAAGAGGACAUUUCAUAUUCGAUUAUAGCGACUAUGAGAAACAGCUAUAUUAAUCUAAUAGACGGGUGGCCUCAGACAUAUAGUCUUGAAUAUAAUUCCCAAGAUAAAUUAUAUUUCACGUAUAGAGAUACUGGUGGGCUUCCUAGACCCGUUCUCUGUAAUUUAAGAUCCUACACUCCAGAUUUUCAGCCAACCGUAUAUGCUUAUAUUGAAGGAAAUUCCAAUGCUUCCCCUUCUGAUUUUCCAUCAGAAAAAAAAUAUGAUCAAUCUUAUGAUUCUUCAAAUUAUUAUUGGAUGACUAAUUCUCUUGGGAUUAUGAUUAGAUUAUUAAAGAUAGGCUCUAGCUAGCCUUUAUGGCCCAGGCUGAAACCCCCUGCUUCUCGGUAAAGUAUGGUAUGCCCAAGAUUCCAAAGAACGUUGCUGAGCACCUCUAUUUCCAACCACAGGAGAGCAUCUAAAAACGAACUGGAUACACAUUUGCUAAGGCUGCACUUGUUUCUCAGAGUCUUUUCCAGUUCACCAUGGCCUCAAGGUCUUGAUUGUUGUGCCAAUAGUGCAGAUUGGCAGUGUCAGCAUUUUAAUGCAUGACUAAUACUCUUGAUUUUUAUUUUUAUCCAAAUUUAUUAAAUGCAAAAGUUAAUUUAGCAGUUUAUGGUAUUUCGAAUCAAAAUAAAUCUGCAAGUGAUCUAGGGGAAUUUGAACUAGUUUGCUCUUCAUCUAUGGAAUAUUUAGUACUAAAGGAAGGAGAUGCUGUUUUAGGAUCGUUUUGGAACGACAUCAAAUCUCAUAGGUAUGAAAUUAUUGUUAAUCUUAAAGGAAAACUUGAAAUUUUUGUAAAGCCUUGUGAGGGUUCAGUUAAACUUGAAAUUUCAUCUAAUUGGACAGUACUUAGCCAGAGUGAGCCUGAUAUAGAAAUAGCAAGAAUAACUGAUGGAAAAAUUACUGGAAUUAUCAAUAACGCUAUAGGUAAAUAUUAUAUCACUGUAUCUCAGCUAAACAGCACUACUACAACAGAAGCAGCAAGCUACCAAAUUUAUGCAAGAUUAAGAAAACCUGGCCAGCCAAAAGAAGUCAAUAUAGUUCCUGGUAAUGAUGGUAUUAUUUCAGCUCACAAAAUAGGCAAUAAAUUAUACUCAUAUCCAAAUAUUCACCAUUAAUAGUCAAUUAUUUCUAUCAGCGCAAUUACAUAUAAAAGGAUAAAUUUAACAUGGGAAGCUCCUAUGUAUGAAAAUGGUGAAAAAUUAAAAAAUCUCAAUGAAAUUUACUAUAAAAUUUUCUUUACUCCUGAUGAUCAUGAAGAAAAGUCUACAUAUUGUGGAACUUACUACCCUUGCCGCUAUGAUAACGGUGAAAAUAUAGGAAACACUGAAAAUGGAAAGACUUAUUAUAUGAUUGACUUAUUCCCUCUCCAUGAGCAAAAAAAAUUUAUUCACACUCAAGGAGGGGGUUAAUUUGUACAAAAAUUUAUAGAUAAAUUUAAAAAAAAAUAUUUUUUUUCAAAAUUUAAAAACAAUCCUCACAAAAAUUGAAAAAGUGAAAAUUAACUUAAUUUGUUUUAGAAUGCAAGCUAUAUAAAAUUAAAGAGAAUUAAUUAGAGAUUUAUUUAUACUAAUUAUCAAUUAUAUAUCAACUUAUUAUUACGUUAAUUUAACGCUGAUUUUUCAGCAUUUUUCUCUUUAUGCUCAUUAUUGCAUAUAUAUCAACUUAAAAAAAUUUAUACUAAAACAUUUUCCUCGCUUACGGGAAGUUAGAAGAUUAUAAUGGCGUUAUUAAUAUUUUAGCCAUACUGCCUGCUUCAGAAUCAAGCGAAUGGUAUAAUAACUGAUCUAUGAAUACAAUUGCUUAUAAUCCUAUAAGUGUGUCACAUGAAGCGGCUUGGACACAAAGCUGGAUUGGGAAAGUUUUGAUUUGGGGUGUUAUAAUUAUUUUUACAUUUUCUUUUGUUUCUGCAUUUAUUUUUUACAAAAAAUAUAAAAGAUCACAACGUAAGCUUGAAAUUGAAAUGGCUGAUAUUAGAAAUAUAGCUUCAACAGAACUUGAAGCUAAAAAUGAACCUAAAAACUACGACCCACUUCAUGAAGAAAAAUAA